AUGUCGACUACUGUGGAGAAAAUUAAGAAUGUGGAGGAGGAGAUGGCGAGGACGCAGAAGAACAAGAACACAGAGUUCCAUCUGGGCCAGCUGAAGGCGAAGCUUGCCAAGUUGAGAAGGGAGCUCCUGGUUGCGGCUAGUUCCGGUGGUGGUGGUGGUGGGACUGGGUUUGACGUUGCGAGAACGGGUGUUGCCAGUGUUGGGUUUGUUGGGUUCCCCUCCGUUGGUAAGUCGACGCUUUUAUCUAAGUUAACCGGUACAGAGUCGGAGGUGGCCGAGUACGAGUUUACUACGCUGGUGACCGUUCCUGGUACUAUCCGGUACAAAGGUGCGAGGAUCCAAAUGCUGGAUUUGCCCGGUAUCAUCGAUGGUGCGAAGGACGGUAGAGGUCGUGGUAAGCAAGUCAUUGCCGUUGCGAGAACUUGUAACCUGCUGUUUAUAGUGCUCGACGUGAACAAACCGCUGUCCCAUAAGCAGAUUAUAGAGAAGGAAUUGGAAGGUGUUGGUAUCAGAUUGAACAAGCAGCCUCCCGAUAUCCUUAUCAAGAAGAAGGAGAAAGGUGGUAUCUCCAUCACUAACACUGUGCCACUGACACAUUUGAGUUCUGAUGGGAUCCGUGCUGUCAUGAGCGAGUACCGUAUCAACAGUGCGGAAAUUGCUUUCAGGUGUGACGCUACCGUCGACGACUUGAUCGAUGUGCUUGAGGGUCCCUCGAGAAGAUACAUGCCUGCCAUCUACGUGCUAAACAAGAUCGAUUCGCUGUCGCUCGAAGAGUUGGAACUGUUGUACAGAAUUCCAAACGCGGUGCCCAUCUCUUCGGGCCAAGAGUGGAAUCUGGACGAGCUGCUGCAAGUUAUGUGGGAUCGUCUGAACCUUGUGCGUGUGUAUACGAAACCGAAGGGCCGUCUCCCUGACUUCACAGACCCGGUAGUGCUACGGUCGGACCGGUGUAACGUGAGAGACUUCUGUAACCAGAUCCACAAAUCGUUGGUCGAUGAUUUCAGAAAUGCAUUGGUGUACGGUACGAGUGUGAAACAUCAGCCCCAGUACGUUGGCUUGGGCCACACAUUGGAGGACGAGGAUGUAGUCACAAUUUUGAAGAAAUAA